AUGUCAGACGCCGGUAGACAAGAUAUUUCCGAUAAGAUUCACGAUAAAAUCAAGCCAAACUCCGAAAAGAGUACUCCAGAGCACUUUGGAGAUAAAAUUAAGGGCUCCUUAGACAAUUUUGUUGGACAUGCUACUCCAAGUCACGAUAAAUCUAAAACCCAACAGGUUUCAGACAAGAUCUUUGGUGAUAACAAAAAGUAA